ACACCCUUCCCUACACACCACCGAAGCCAACUGCCACAAAUUCAACACAUCUCAAGCGUCCAAAGUCCAUAUCCUGAUAGGAGAGGGUAGGAGGAAAAAGGCGUCACGCAGCCUCGAUCAAUCAGUUAGACACCCUCCUGGUAUCGAACAAACCUUCCUCCAACCAUUGUAUUUUCCCAAACAAACACAAAAUCAUCGCCAUGUCCUCACCACCAUCUUCCCUUUCCUCCUUCUCAUCGAUGGACUCUCCGCCCCCCACGCUUCCUCGAACGCCCGUGAAGCGUGCGGCUUCGGCCGCAUUCUCUGAUCAGCCCGAGACCUCCCCGACCCUCACGCACCACCACAGCCACCCGAACUUUAGCGACAUCUCCUCCGACACCUCUGGAUCCGUUCCCGGGUCGCCCAUGGAAGCGGAAGAAAUCGAGCACGCGGAGCAGGUCACAAUGUGUAAGUGGGACAGCUGCGACAUGGAUAUGGGCAACAUGGACGACUUGGUGAAGCACAUUCACGACGAGCACAUCGGCCUUAGACGGGCAAAGUAUGCGUGUGAGUGGGAUGACUGCAACAGAAAAGGAAUGGCGCACGCGAGUGGUUAUGCGCUCAGAGCCCAUAUGAGAAGUCAUACGAAGGAGAAGCCAUUUUAUUGCACUCUUCCUGAAUGCGACCGAUCCUUCACCCGCUCAGAUGCCCUCGCUAAGCACAUGCGCACAGUCCACGAAACAGAAGCCCUCCGGCCCUCUGACCCCAUUCCAAAAUCCCACCCCAACCACCCACAAAACAUCCACCAGCCAAACACCGCUGCUACCUCGCACUCCACCGCAUCCUCACCCUCCUCACCCACCAGCUCCACCAAGAACGCGAGCAAGAAUGGUGCGUCCAAGUGGUACACAUCCGAGGACGGUUUCGAUCCGGAUGAGGAAGCCAUGCCUCCCAGGGAGCUCAUGAGGUUGCUUAAGAAGAAACUGGCAUGGUCAGAGCAAGAGCAGGAGGAACUGAAGCGGAAACUCGAGGAGCUGGAGAAGAAGAGGAGGGAAGGGUGGAUUAAGAAGGAGAUGCUUCUUGAUAGGGUUCUCGCCCAAGAGUUGGGCGAAGAAGAGGCGGCAGAGUUGAGCUUGGAUGUUCCUAUGCCGGACGCAUAA